AUGGAGUCCAGCACCAAACUAAAUAAUCCUCAAACCCUUCAGAAUAAUCCACACGACUUUGAAUGGCUACACGAAGAUCUUUUCCCAUUCGACAAUGGGCUAGAAGAGCUUCCUCCUUUAGACAAAGAUGAGUUUUUGGACGUCAAUUCACAUUCAUUACCAUUCAAUUGGGACAAUGAUAUUUUGGAGUUGGAGACUGAAGUUUUGUCGAUGAGAUCAAUGAUAAAAUUAGAUCAAGAAGAUGAAAGGGGAAUUAUAGAGAUGACUGAAAGAUCAGGGUUUUCAUCAAGUUGGAAAGAAGAAGAAGAAGAAAAAAGGUUGAGAUUAGUGAGAAAUGGGAGGAGGAGAAAGAAGAGUUUAGUGUUGGGAUUGGAAGAGAUUCAAAAGCACUUUCACAUGCCAAUAUCAGAGGCAGCAAAACAGAUGAAUGUUGGGUUGACAGUGCUUAAAAGAAGGUGUAGACAACUUAAUAUCAUGAGAUGGCCUCAUAGAAAACUUAAGAGCUUGAAUUCUCUUAUUCAAAAUGUCAAGGAGAUGGGGUUGACAAAUGAGGUAAAAGGGUUGGAGGAGCACAAGAGGCUGGUGGAGGAAUUGCCAGAUAUGGACCUCACACACUCUACCAAAAGGCUAAGGCAAGCUUGUUUCAAAGCCAAUUACAAGAAAAGAAGAAUUAGAUCUAAUGAUAUUGCUACUCUUCAUCACUAA